CGUAGGACAACAUGUUAACCUACUAGCUUAAAAUACUCUACAGGGCUGAACCGAAAAUGUAAUGUCUUCAUCUCUUCAUUGACGGUGUGUUGUGUGUUUACGUUUUACAAUUGUGGUUCUAGUGCUUCCUAAUUUCUUUUUAUUUAGAUGCAGCGUGUCAACAACAUUAGCUCGCAAGGGACACAGGUUAUACACCAAACAUACGAUAGGCUAAUGAAUUAAACAUUUAUAAUUUAUAAAAACAGUUGGCGGUGGCAAAGGAAAGAGAAGUACCACCGAAGAAAAAAAUCGAACCAUGGCAAACGCUAUGGGGCUAGAACUAGACGAUGAUAUUGCCGUGGACGAAGAGCUCCUGAAUUCGUUCAUCAAGUUUCCUCCCGAAGUCCAGAAUGCGAUCGAACAGGUAUUACCCAGCACUGAUCCACUGGACAAUCCCAACUUCAACCCCGUGGACUACAUCAACACACUGUUCCCGACCGAGCAGUCGCUUUCCAACGUCGACGAGGUCAUUGCGCGUAUGAACACCAAAAUAAGGCGCCUGGACGAGCAGAUCCGGACGGUGGUGCGGGGCCAGAGCAACGUGGGCUGCGAGGGGAAGCAGUCCCUGGAGGAGGCCCAGAGGGCCAUCCACCAGCUGUUCCUCUGUAUCCGCGAUAUCAAGGACAAGGCAGAGAAGUCCGAGCACAUGGUGAAGGAGAUAACGCGGGACAUCAAGCAGUUGGACAAUGCCAAGCGCCACCUGACGGCUUCCAUCACCACCCUGAACCACCUGCACAUGCUGGUGGAAGGAGUUGAUGCACUCAGAAAGCUGAGUCGCAAGCGCCAGUAUGGUGAGGUUGCCAACCUGCUUCAGGGGGUGAUGAAUGUGCUGGACCACUUCCAGCCCUAUAUGGCCAUCCCACAGAUACGCAAGUUGGCAGACGAGGUGGCCACCAUCCGUUCUGACUUGGCCCAGCAGAUCACGGCAGACUUCCACGACGCCUUCACGGGUCCCAAUGCAAAACACUUCACUCCGAACCAGCAGUUGGCAGAUGCAUGCCUGGUGGUGUCUCUUUUGGACAACAAAGUCAAGCAGGAGCUGCUCAAGUGGUUUGUGAGCCUCCAGCUGGCAGAGUACACCCACCUCUUCCAAGCCAACCAAGACGUUGCCUGGCUGGACCGAAUCGACCGGCGCUACACCUGGAUCAAGAAGCACCUGCUGGAGUUUGAAGAGAAGUUUGGUCAGCUGUUCCCGGCCGACUGGGAAGUGAGCGAGCGCAUCGCCGUCGAGUUCUGCCACAUCACCAGGAAGGAGCUGAGUCAGCUGAUGGCCCAGCGGGUGCAGGACAUGGAGGUGCGCCUGCUGCUGGUGGCUAUUCAGAAGACCACCAACUGGGAGACCUUGCUGGGCCGGCGCUUCACGGGGGCCACCCUGGAGGGUGCCAGGGGACCCCGCCUGCCUCCAGCCCAGCCACAGGGCGCGGAGGCGGAGAAGGGCAAGAACCCGUUUGAGGACGGGGCCGAGGACAAAAACCCCUUUGCCGAGGACAUGGAAGCCGAGAAGGACUCGCCUCAGGUCCCACUGGCCAAUGUGAACCCUUUCCAAGGCCUGGUGUCCAGCUGCUUUGAGCGGCACCUCAACAUCUAUGUGGAGUCGCAGGACAGGAGUCUCCGGCAGCUGCUGGACCAGUUUGUGGAUGCGGCGCAGCGUGCCCCUCUGCCGCAGCCCGACGUGGAGACGGCGGGAGUGCUGCCGAGCUGUGCGGACCUGUUUGUGUACUACAAGAAAUGCCUGGUGCAGUGCAGCCAGCUGACCAGGGGUGCCCCCCUGCUCGCCCUGGCACAGGUGUUUCGCAGGCACUUGGCCGACUACGCCACACGCGUCCUGCAGGGCUCCUUGCCCAAGGCCGGGGGCGGGAGCAGCGGCCCUGCGGCGGGUCUCAUCCAGAACUUCCAGAGCCUGCUGAAGGAAGGGGAGAGCUCCCGGCUGACGCCCCCGGAGCUGUGCCGCAUCUGCGGGGUGCUCAGCACCGCCGAGUACUGCCAGGAGACCACCCAGCAGCUGGAAGGUAAACUGAAGGAGAAAAUAGAGCCUGGCCUUGCGUCGCAGAUCGACCUGAGUGCAGAGCAGGACAUGUUCAACGGGGUCAUCAACAACUGUAUCCAGUUGUUGGUGCACGAUCUGGAAGCGGCCUGCGAACCUGCGCUCUCCACCAUCACCAAGACCCACUGGUCGAUGGUGAAGGCGGUGGGGGACCAGAGCGGCUACGUGACGGCCAUCACCGCCCACCUGCGCCAGACGCUGCCCCUGCUGCGCGACAACCUGGCCAACUCGCGCCGCUACUUCACACAGUUCUGCGUCCACUUUGCCAGCUCCUUCAUUCCGAGGCUGAUAAACCAGUUGUUCAAGUGCAAGCCCGUGAGCCCCAUUGGUGCUGAACAGCUCCUGCUGGACACGCACAGCCUGAAGAUGGUGCUGCUGGACCUGCCCUUGCUCGAGUCCCAGGUGGCCAGGAAGGCACCGGCCAGCUACACCAAGAUAGUGGUGAAGGGCAUGACCAAGGCGGAGAUGCUGCUCAAGAUGGUGCUGGCACCCCACGAGCCGGCCGAGAGCUUCGUCGACCACUACGCCAAGCUGUUGCCCGAGUCGGACGCCCAGGAGUUCCAGAAGGUCCUCGACAUGAAGGGCCUGAAGCGCAGCGAGCAGAACGUGCUGACGGAGGUGUUCCGCACGCGCAUCCCGACGGUGGCGCCCCUACCGGCGGCGCCCUCGGAAGGGGGCACGGCCGCCCAGCUGCUCUCGGCCCUGGCCGUGGUCACCACCGCCACGCCCGAGCACGAGUCCAGCCGCAUACGGCGCCUCGAGAAGCUCAUCAAGAAGCGCCUCUGACCGGGGCCCCCCGCACAUUCCGACCGUGGAGACGCCCACCCGCGCCUUCUAGGCGUGCCGCCGGCAAACCGCGGUUCCGUAUUUCCGUCGACCGUCGUUCGGGUCGAGGAGGUCAUAAAACGUUUCACCCGG